UUCCCAUCGCUCAGAAGUUAUUUGAGCCUUUGGUCCUCCUACAACUGAAAACAUCUGAUCUUGGGCUCUAGCUUCCUGCAGAGUGAGCCUAGAGAUUCUCGGUAAAUCGGACACAGAACUCGUCCACGUGGGAAGAGGACAGCAACUACGUUUCCCAGCAUGCCCUGAUGGGCGCACAAUGGAGUAUGGCGUCAUCUUGGUCACGUGGCGGCGCGUUUCCCGGCGCGCUGAGGGAUUCCGGCUAGGGUCCCUCCCCAGGCGGAGGGCCCUGCUGGGCCGGGAAAACUACAAUUCCCGGCAUGCCUCACCUCGGGUGCGCCUGCGUACGGGAGCAACCCUGCUGGCGAGCGGGUUGGUUUAAAACGCUGUUCUAGUCCCAUGGAAACAAACCUGCUGGCCCCGAGACGGAGCUACAGGCUGGUGGAUGGAUUAGGGGCGAGGCUGCCCGGCCAGAUGCGUAUGGAAACUACAGUGCGCAGACCAGUCCUGUCUCCAACCCAUAUCAAUGCUACAGCUUCUGAGACAUUCACAGUACUUCAGGAGAAGAUGAGAAUUGUUGAGGAACAGACCAGUUCUCUGAGAGAUGACCUAAUAAUGCUGGGCUAUGGUGACAAACGAGGUCAGUUGGAAACUUCACACUAUUUCGAAGACCCUGCCAGCCAGAAAGUCAUUAGUCCUAUCCGAAGUGAAGUAAUUUGUCCAGAUAAAACAGAUAUUUUAUGGAAGAACUGUGAGUUUCUGGUAAAUCGAAUGUGCCAUUUGGAAAACCUCAUCCAGUCAUUGAAGAUGAGCAUCUGUCGCCUACAAACUGAACAGGAAUUGAAUCCACAGAAAACAGCUUUUCUAAAGGAUCAGCUGAAUACAAUACAGGAAGAACAUUCCACAGACCUGAAUCUGUUGCACCUUGAAGUGAUGAAUUUGCGCCAGCAACUGAAAAAUGUCAAGGAGGAAGAAGACAAGGCACAAGAUGAAGUGCAAAGAUUGACUGCCACUCUGGAAAUCGCCUCUGAGACAAAGAAUGCAGCUGUUAUUGAGGAGGAGCUAAAGACCACAAAGCGCAAAAUGAACCUUAAGAUUCAAGAGCUAAGGAAACAACUGGCUCAGGAGAAGCACUUCAGGGAAUCUAUUGAGAAAUCUGCAUCAUCCAUGCUACUCAAAAUACAAGAAAUGGGCUCAACGGUGGAGGCAGAACGGAAGCAGGUGCACACUUUGCAGCAGAACUGCACUGCCCUACAUGGCUCUAUACAAACCACCCAAGAACUGUUGGCACAGGAGCAGCAAAAGAAUGGAGAGUUGGAGAUGAUUACCUCACAGCUCAAGUCUGAUCUAAUGUCCAGAGAUAACUUCAUCUGCAAGUUGGUUGAAGAAAAUAAGAGUACAAAAAUGUCUUUCAGCAAGGAACAUGAAGACAAUACAUAUUUGAAAUCUGAAAUAAUAUCCCUUCGAGACAUAUCGGAAAAAACAAAGGUUCUGAAUGAACAGCUCUCCACAAAGUGUUCAGAGCUAACCAACAUGCUUCGGAUUGUUAAAAUGGAAAAUGCCAGGGUUAUUGCCGAACACAAUGCUAUUCUGCAGGUGGAGCAGAAAAUGAUAACAGAGACAUUUCAAGAGCAAAAUUUAUUGUUAGAUGCAGCUCAUGCCAGCAUCACCAGCGAACUCCAAACCGUUCAGAAUGAUAGAGCCCAACUCCAGACACACCUAGACCAUUUAAUCCUUGAGCAUAGUCAGUGUCUCCAGAAAGCAGUCGUCUCUGCUAGAGGAGAAAGAGAGGUUUCAGCAGGAGGUAGGAGCAGCUGUCCCUCCUAG